AUGGUAUGGCAUUAUACAGCACGUUCAGGUCACACUUUCAUUAAUUACAGAGGUUUGUUUGAUGAUAAAGAAAUGACUAAUCUGCGUAAAGUCUUCGAAGAAUCUGACCUUGUCACAAAACAUGGGUUACAAGUUGGCGAUGAAUCGGGCAAGAAAACUAAAAUUGCACUAUGGACCCAUCCCGGAAGUGACGUAUCUGGAAUGAUGGCGCGAUCUGAUAAAGUUGUGAAGACAUGUGAGGACUUGUUGGAUAAAGGUGAAGUAUACCACUACCACGGUAAAUUACUGUACAAGGACGCAUUCACUGGUGGAGCUCACUUGUGGCAUCAAGACUACGGGUACUGGUAUAGGAAUACGUGUCUCGUGCCAGAUUUGAUGACAGUUUUCGUUGCCAUUGACAAGUGCGCCAGAUCAAACGGAUGCUUGCAGAUCCUGCCUGGGUCACACAAGUGUGGACGAAUUGACCACGAAAUGGUCUCGGAUCAAAUGACUGCCAAGGCAGAUCGCGUGGAGGCAAUAAAGAAUGUCUGCCCGCUGGCAUAUGCAGAGAUGGAACCAGGCGAUGCAUUGUUCUUCCAUUGUAACCUGCUACACUGUAGUUCCGCUAACGACAGUCCUGAUAGGAGGUGGGCCUACCUGAUAGCGUACAACACCAAGGACAACAACCCUAUAGUGCCCCACCAUCACGCCCAGUACACACCAAUACAACGGGUCCCUGACAGUGCUGUGGCAGAGUGUACAAACUAUACUGACUUUACCGGCAAGGAAUUUCUGACUGGUCACGAGUCCAAGUCCAAGCUCGACGAUCGCGAAACAUAAAUGUUCCUCAACGUUUAUGUGGCAAUAGUACGCACUUCCUGUUAGCAAAUGAACCUAUUAUUAAACCUCUAUCACGCGUCGUAGUCCAUCCAUGUUUACAAAAAAAACUUGUUAAUAAUUAACGUCACCAGUCCUCGUCCAAGACAUUUCUGUAUCCAUAUGACGCAUAGUAUGAUUCCAGUCAUUACACAGAUAUCAUACUGGUUGCAUCAUUGGUAUAUUCGAUACUGGGGAUAGAAAGAACAAGUCAAUAUUAUCUUUUCUUUCCAAGACCACUUCUUUCACGUUUGAUGAUACACAACAAGCACUUUACAGAACCAUGGAAUAUAACAAUAAAAUAUUUUGUUUAAUUUGUAUUUGUUU